AUUGGCAGAGGGGGGUGGAGGACACUGAGUGGAGGCCAGUGGAGGGAUUGGCAGAGGGGGGUGGAGGACACUGAGUGGAGGUCAGUGGAGGAUUGGCAGAGGGGGGUGGAGGACACUGAGUGGAGGCCAGUGGAGGGAUUGGAGCAGGAGGGGGGUGGCGGAGAUGGAGCGGUUGGAAAGGUGAAUGAGUCUGGCAGCCGUAUUCAGGAUGGACUGAAGAGGGGGAUAGCCUGUGGUGAGGCAGGCCAGUGAGGAGGGAGUUGCAGUAGUCGAGUCGUGGAGUCUGCAUGUUGCAGAGGCGGAGUCUGCAUGUUGCGGAGGCGGAGUCUGCAUG